AUGAACAAAGCCCUGGAUCAGAUCUCUAGGUCACCUUUCACGCACAGGAUAGAAGGGGUUAAACUACCACGGCGUUUCCAUCAACUUACGUUUACCAUUUACAACGGCCGAACAGACCCUGUGGAGCAUGUGAGCCAGUUUAACCAAAGAAUGGCUAUCCAUUCUCGAAAUGAGGCUCUGAUGUGCAAAGUUUUUCCGUCCAGCCUGGGACCCGUAGCGAUGAGAUGGUUCAAUAGCUUGAAAACGAACUCCAUAGAUUCCAAUAAGCAGCUUACUCAAGUUUUUUGCUCUCGUUUUGUUACGAACAGCAGGGUUCCUCAACCCCUGAGUUUGUUAUUAUCAUUAUCCAUGCACGAAGGGGAAACCUUAAAGGCGUAUUCGGAUAGGUAUUGGGAGAUGUACAACGAGAUGGAUGAAAACCACAAUGACGUCACCAUCAGUACGUUCAAAAGUGGUCUCCCUACUGAGCAUGGUUUAAGGAAGUCUCUAACUAGUAAACCUGUUACCAGCGUUUGCCAACUGAUGGAUAGGAUUGACAAAUACAAAAGGGUGGAAGAGGACCAGCUAUAA